AUGGAUGCUGCUGCCGGCAGUGACUAUAGCGAUGGAAGCAUAGAGGCCACCCAAUCUGAGGUGGAGGAAAAUGUCCGCCGCCUCAACGACAACAGCAACCUCACCCCGAGGGAAAUGAAAAUGGCCCAAUACGUCAAAGAUCUGUACGCUUCGGGGGCCCGUCUCUGGACGAAAGAGAUGUUUCGCAAUGUCGAGGCAGAUCUGGCUAAGGAGCCCUGCCCUGAGGAGGUCAUGAUUCGGAGCAUGAACGACAUUGAGGCUUCCGUAAGAAUCCCAGCCGGCAUCUAUUCUCAAAUCACCAAGGCCCAUGAGGCGUACAAUCCAAAGGGCUACACUCACGGUCCCUGGCACACGGCUAUCAAUUUCAAUACGUAUCAGGAUCUUUUGAACCAGACGAAGAGCAGAUACACCGGCUACCGGGAUGAGAAAGAAUCUGAAAAUGAUGACCCAUUGGCUGAGAAGGAGCAGGUCGAGAUUACCCGAGCCCUUCAUUUGUAUGAGAGCAGAGAAAGCUAUUCGUCCGAGAACAUAAGCGAAUACUCCUCUCUCAAGGAUAUCUGGGACGAAACUUGGGGCAAUUGGACGAAGAGCAAGGUCUGCAAAGAGCUGGGCGAUACAAUCGCAGGAAUGCCCAAUGUUGCCACCACUAUCGACAAAGUGGUCUGCUUCGGAUUGGGGUCAUUUUCGAAUUUUCGACGUUCAGAUGAUGGCGAGGAGGAGACUGAUGGUGACGCAGACGGCAUGCCCCUGCGCAGGGCCAUGGUUCAACAUGCAGCUGCGCUCACGAUGGCAACGGAAUUCGGAAAGCGGGUUGGCAAAGGCCCUCUGAAGAUCUUUACGCAGGACCCAGCAUAUACAGACACAGAAAAGCAGGUACUGCGAGAUCUAGGGAUCGAGGUUGUGGGAGGCUCUGGGUCACUUGGCUUCACAUAUGUGGACAGUGAUACACUGGUCUUCUCGAUUGCCCCCAACAUCCCGGUCAGGCAAAUCGUAGCCGACAUCGCGAGACCAGCAGCGAUGGUGUGGUGUACAGUUCAGUCAGAUGGGGUGGGCACUCCCAAAUGGCGUGCGGAGAAUUUCGAUGGAAAGUGGUAUUCUGUCGCCCCUUGGUCAACGGAUCCAGACUCUCCCCGCACUCGGGAAUUGAUUGAUAGCUACGCGGCGUAUAAAUUUCCACGAGACGAACAAAGAUUUGGCGAUCUUACCAUAUAUGUACGGUCCGAUUAG